AUGGGUGCUGGUUCUCCUCCCGGUCCGGCCAAGCCGUCGGCCAUCCCGUCCCACAUGCUGAACGGCAGCUCACCCCUCCAAUCCUCCACGGCGGCCGGUAGUGGGACUCGUGUUCGUGAUAACCGCGAACGAGAGAGCCUCAAUACCUCUAUCCGCUCCUCCUUUGCACCUCGUGUACCUGCUGAAUUCGAGUCUCUUGAGGCGGGGUCCCGCCCCGCGCGUGAGCCCACUGCCUCCACCGCUGCUACCGAAGCGGGAGCUGCCCAAACUGCCCUGAGCCUGCGCGGCAGACUCCCUCUGCUGAAUGACCCUCCCCGCGACCCCCGCGACGAGGGCGGUCCGUUGACCCCGCCGGCGACGUCAAGCCGCCCCGCCAGCCCUUAUACCAUGAACCCUCCCAUCGACUUUGACGGUCUCAGCUGGCCCUGCCCCGGUACUCGGCAGCGACUGGAGUCGACCCCAGAGGAGAACGAAGAGCGUAUCAAGAAACUUGCGGGAGCAGUGAGAACAAUUCUGGAAUGUGUUGGUGAGGAUCCUGAGCGUGAGGGUCUCCGUGAGACCCCAGAGCGGUAUGCCAAGGCCAUGCUCUACUUCACCAAAGGCUACGAGGAGAAUGUGCGGGAUUUGGUUAAUGGCGCAGUGUUCCACGAGGACCACGAUGAGCUGGUCAUUGUUAAGGAUAUCGACGUGUUUUCGCUGUGCGAGCACCACAUGGUGCCCUUCACUGGCAAGAUGCACAUCGGCUAUAUCCCGGAUCGCCGUGUCCUCGGACUCUCGAAGCUUGCUCGCUUGGCGGAGAUGUUCUCCCGCAGACUCCAAGUCCAGGAGCGUCUGACCAAGCAGGUUGCUUUGGCAAUCUCUGAAGUUCUUAAGCCUCGUGGUGUCGGAGUCGUUAUGGAAUCCUCCCACCUGUGCAUGGUCAUGCGCGGCGUCCAAAAGACCGGCAGCACCACGACCACUAGCUGUAUGCUGGGCUGCAUGCGGUCGAGUGCUAAGACUCGCGAGGAGUUCUUGACUCUGCUGCACCGGCGAUAG